UACGUGGUAGACGAUCUUGGCUGAAUGAAUGUUUGUAACUUAAUCGACUUCCCUUCCCUCCACCCGAGAGAGACGCAGUGUGGAAAGUGUGACAGUCGAUACCCCGUGUGCAGCGUUACCUCUUGUGUAGUAACUGUCACUGCGCAUGUCUGAGUCUGCUUGUGCUUGUCACAAGGGAUUUUACAUUUUCCUUUGUACUGCCGUUCCCGAGUAGUUGUGGUUACACUUGCUUGAACAGGCCUGCCCGACAAUACGGGAAUCAGAAUCAUCGUUUCAUUUGUAUCGUUUUCAACUAUUAAUUGUUACAAGUUUACCACAUUUAAGGACAGGCAGGGGGUUUCAAUUACUACAUACAAAUGGCGACUGGACGACAUGACAAGCGGGGCUCCGAUUUGCGUUUGUCCUGCAGUCUGUGCAUGGAGUCCUAUCGUGGUCGCACUCCCAAGCUGCUGCCAUGUUUUCACACCUUCUGUCUGUCGUGUCUGGAGAACAUCGUCGUCACCGCAACGUCCAAGAAAUCAGCUUCACACGCAGACGACAGUCCAGUCAAAGACACAAAGAAAACGUGUGAAGAGAACAAGCAGAACAUAGAAGUUACUGAGAAGGAAACAAAUCCUGAACAAAAGAAAGAAGACAAAAAUGAUGAUAGUGGAGAGGAGGAAGAAGACAAGGAAGUGACGUUUCAGUGUCCUACAUGCCGUGUCUCUAUACCUGUCCCCGCAGGUGGAGUGAGUCAGUUUCAGACCAACUUCUACUUGGACUGUGAUGAUGAACCUGACGCCAGUCUAGACCUACCUGUGGAGUGUGACACGUGUGAGGACGGCAGCCGCGAGACAGCGACACAUGAGUGCGGAGACUGUCGUCACAAGAUGUGCUCCCGAUGCAGUCGUCUGCACGCCAUCCAUGCGCAAGGUCAUCACGUGCGACCUCUCGAUGGCGGAGCUGCUGGCAAGGCCACCUCCAGAGUCAUGAAGACAAGAGAGUGCCCGAGUCACGCUGGCCAAUCGCUGUGUUUCCACUGUCGUCAGUGUGACGUCAGCAUCUGCCUGCACUGUAAGCUGACGUCACACGAAGGUCACGCUACAGAAGAUUUUAUGGCGGCUGUCACACGAGCCAAAGGAGAGGUGAACAGACUUAUUGUGACUGCAAACCAGCAGAUACAAGUGUUAGAGGCUGUACUGGGUCGUCUGGAGCGCGACACGCUAGAGUUAUCCCGACAGAAGCAGGAAAUGUUGUCAAACGUGACGUCACGAUACGAAGCCUUGGUGACGUGGGUGACCCGCGCACGUGACGAGGCGCUAGAGGAGUUGGAGUGUGUGCAGCGUGCAGCACUGAAGGAGAUGGAGGCGGAGCGGAUUGUGGCGCGUGACACCAAACAGCUGCUGUCUCGCCUCGUGACGCGUGCGGCCUCUUCCUGUCACACCGACGCCGACGCCGACAUCGUGCUGCACAAAUCAGAGCUGCAGGCGGCGCUGCUAGACGACGACGCGCUCACCCGAUACCGUCAACGGGGCAACAAGGAGGGUCACGUGACCUUCUUUAGGUGCAGGUCAGACGACAAGGCCGUGCAGCUAGACCAGGUACGAGACUUCGUGGGCAGACAAGAGGGACAGGACCAGGACAAGCAGAACAAGAUGGUGGUGAUGUCCAUAAGAGAACUCUCAGAGAACGUUUUGGCAAUGAUCCAGUCACUGGAGGAUUCGAAGAUCAACACGAGGACCAUGAUACAAAAUGCAACAAGACUGGUUUCAUUUAGGGUACGUCUGAGUGCAGAUACUACUGUGACGGAAGAAAACCCUGUGAUAUUCGAUGUGGUCGACUUCAACGAAGGUGGAGGCUAUGAUACAGCCACUGGUGUCUUCACGGCCCCCAUCACUGGAACUUACAUCUUUGUAGCCAACUUGUUUAACCAGCAUUAUGCGAGUGGCUGUGGCUACAUCUCUCUCUCCAUAGACAGUAAGAACAUCAAUUAUAUGAACGUUUCAAACAAAGUUGGCAUGAUCCACGAUAUUGUCAGCCUUAAGACCGGCCAGAAAGUGUCUUUAGUACCAAACACGCAGUUCACACUAUGCAAUUAUGGGUUACACACAUUUUACACUGGUGCUCUGCUGUGCGCCAACCCAGGCACUGAAUGAAGUCAGUGAACACACACAAUGAGCCAGCAUCGACAUUCUGGCACUGUAACAUCUCUGUAAUGAGGAAAACUGUUCAGAACAACUACAUUCAUGUGUCGACAUACCACCAUUAAUAUUUCAAUAAAAGGGUUGAUAAGAUGUCAAAGUUCUUUUACAUUAUCAUUGAACUCAUAUUUAUAUUUGACUAGUGAAAUUAAAUAAAAGUCUGCAUCUUAUCUUGAUGUUGAGAGACAAAUAAAAAUGACCACAAACAAUAAACCUUUUGCUACAUUAAUGAAAUCAAUCAUUUGCACAUAAUCGCGACACGUUGUACUUGAAAUAUUUAAAGCAUUUCUAUGGUUAACUCUUACAUGUCUUCCUCAUCACAGGAAAAAUGCGCUAAACUAGAGAUAACUUUUCCCGAGAAAUGUCUUUACUCUUUGCAAUAGCACUCGGAUUAGGGAACCAUUUUAAAUAAUAAAUAAUCUUCUAUUCUUAUAUAACUGAGCUGAAUAUUUUUUAAUGUUUGCGUAUUUAAUUUUAGCCUAAUAAAAAUUUUUUUUUUUAACUCGAAUCUUGAAUUAUCUCCGAUUUGUAGAAAGAAAUGUUGUCCCCUUUAAUAAAUAACCCAGACCCAAUAUGUUCAUACGUACUAACAGUUCUUACAAAACUAACCACUGUUAUUGGUUUCUCAAACAAAUUUUAAUCUUCCUAUUUACCCCAGAGUAUUAAUCUGUUAACCCUGUAACCUCACUGAUAUCUGCCUAUGUCGUAAGUAAAGCGGCAGCUUUAAUUAGUAGUUGCCUUAGAAACCUCGUGAGAUUUACAUAGAAAUCUUAACCAUAUUUCGUUAGGCAUUUAAUUAUUUUGUUUCUUCUUAUCCUUAAGGCAAUUUAAAUAUAGCAUAUGAAAAUAGUUUUCUUGGGUUUAGAAUUAAAAUUAUUUUAUUAUACGGAUUCAUAAACUGAUUUGAUUUUAUAUUUAUUAAAAGUUUAAUAAACAGAGUGUCUAUA